AUGUGUUUUGGGAGGUGCACUAGAUAUGUUGGGUACCAGCUGCUCGUCCUUGCCUUGCUCUGUAUUGUAGCAGGAGUUUUGCUUUAUUUCCCCAAUGGUGACACAAGAUAUGCCUCACAUAACCUUCUCAGCAAUUACGUGGGCUGUCUUCAUGGCAUUGUAGGAGGAGGUCUUUUGGUUUUGGUCCCAGCAUUCAUACUUAUUGGAUUAGAAUACGAUCAUUGUAACAGAUGCUUUGUCCAUGAGCACUAUGGGAGAAAUUGCAUACCACUGCUAGUAGUCCUGGUAGCCUGUGUUGGCAUUGCUGGUGCUGGAUAUUGCUUCAUCAUUUGCUGCUUGGCCUUGUCUCAGGGCCCGUACUGUUUUUGCUGGACUGAGAGGAUCUGGUGCUAUCCAUUCGCUAACUCCUAUGGAGGGUACCUGAUUGACCACAGCAGUUGGUCUCUUUGCCGGGAGCCGAGGUAUAUCAUCCAAUGGAACGUCACCCUUUUUUCCAUCCUGCUGGUCUUGAGUGGGAUUGAAUUGAUUCUGUGUAUCAGUCAAAUAGUCCAUGGCUGUCUUGGAGGUGCCUGGGCCAUGUGUCAGGAUGAAAGAGAGAUAUGCAAGCUCCUCUGUUCAGACAAUCCAAAUUAUUUCUACUACAUCUCCUUCUACCAGGAGUUCAAAUCUGAUUUUGGUGCCGAUGUUCUUUCUCUUCCACCUCUUGACUUUUAG